UUGAACCGGAGGCAACAUGAAAGCCAGCGGAGAUCGACACACCGAGCUGUUGCACUGUAAACAGAUCUCAGCCCAGCGCGGUUGCAAUUCUCUACCGGAGGUCGGGAUCUCGUCGACGAUCUGAGAUACCUAGGCCCUGAGUUGUUCCCUUCUUCGCAUUCCAUCGUUUUUAGAUCUGGAUAGCGUCGGAUCUCACCUGUCCGGCGUUUUAUUUCAACUUUUGAUUUUGGAUUUCGUAUGCAACCGACGGGUAGGGUUUUUGGAGAUCCAUACUCGUAUUAGGGACGGAGCAAGGCAAAGAUGCUGACUAAGUUCGAGACCAAGAGUAAUCGGGUGAAGGGGCUUAGCUUUCAUAGCAAGAGGCCGUGGAUCCUUGCUAGUCUUCACAGCGGUGUGAUCCAGCUAUGGGAUUAUCGCAUGGGAACCCUGAUCGACCGCUUCGACGAGCACGAUGGACCUGUUCGUGGCGUCCACUUUCAUAAAUCGCAGCCCCUUUUUGUCUCUGGCGGUGAUGAUUACAAGAUCAAGGUUUGGAAUUACAAAACUCACCGUUGCUUGUUCACUCUGCUUGGGCACCUUGACUAUAUUCGUACUGUACAAUUCCAUGAUGAGUAUCCUUGGAUUGUUAGUGCAAGUGAUGAUCAAACUAUUAGAAUUUGGAAUUGGCAGUCUCGUACUUGCAUUUCAGUUUUGACUGGCCACAACCACUAUGUGAUGUGCGCAUCAUUUCAUCCAAAGGAGGAUCUCAUUGUAUCUGCUUCUCUUGAUCAGACUGUUCGUGUUUGGGAUAUUGGUGCCUUGAGAAAGAAAACAGUGUCUCCUGCUGAUGAUAUUUUGCGUCUAAGCCAGAUGAAUACUGAUUUGUUUGGUGGCGUUGAUGCAGUUGUCAAAUAUGUUUUGGAAGGUCAUGAUCGGGGAGUCAAUUGGGCAUCUUUUCAUCCUAACCUGCCUCUCAUUGUUUCUGGAGCUGAUGACCGGCAAGUGAAACUAUGGAGAAUGAAUGAUUCAAAGGCAUGGGAAGUCGACACAUUGAGAGGGCAUAUGAAUAAUGUUUCUUGUGUGAUGUUUCAUGCUAAGCAAGAUAUCAUUGUGUCCAACUCUGAGGACAAGAGUAUUCGCAUCUGGGAUGCUACCAAGCGCACUGCCAUUCAGACAUUUCGCCGCGAGCAUGAUCGUUUUUGGAUUUUGUCUGCGCAUUCAGAAAUGAAUCUACUUGCAGCUGGCCAUGACAGUGGAAUGAUCGUAUUCAAACUAGAGAGAGAGCGCCCUGCUUUCUCUGUAGUUGGGGAUUGCUUAUAUUAUGUGAAAGACCGUUUUCUGAGGUUUUAUGAAUUUUCAAAUCAGAAAGAUAAUCAGGUGGUUCCAAUAAGGAGACCUGGAUCGGUGAGUUUGAACCAGGGACCAAGAACACUCUCUUUCAGUCCCACCGAGAAUGCUGUCAUAAUCUGUUCAGAUGCAGAUGGGGGCACUUAUGAACUCUAUAUUGUUCCCAAAGACAAUUCUGGAAGGACAGAUGUUGUUCAGGAUGCAAAGAAAGGGGGAGGAGGGUCAGCUGUUUUUGUGGCCCGCAAUAGGUUUGCAGUGCUAGACAAGAGCACUAAUCUAGCAGUAGUCAAGAAUCUCAAUAAUGAAAUUGUAAAAAAGAGUCCUCUUCCUAUUGUUACAGAUGCAAUCUUUUAUGCUGGAACAGGAAAUCUGUUGUGUAGGGCUGAAGAUAAAGUCGUUAUAUUUGACCUUCAACAGCGUCUUAUUCUGGGAGAACUUCAGGUCCCUGCUGUCAAGUAUAUUGUUUGGUCAAGUGACAUGGAAACUAUUGCAUUACUCAGCAAGCAUGUUAUAGUUAUUGCCAGCAAGAAACUUGUUCACCGCUGUACAUUGCAUGAGACAAUUCGUGUGAAAAGUGGUGCGUGGGAUGAGAAUGGUGUCUUCAUUUACACAACCCUGAACCACAUUAAGUAUUGCCUUCCUAAUGGGGAUAAUGGUAUUAUAAGGACUCUUGAUGUUCCUAUAUACCUGACCAAGGUUUCUGGCAACAGUGUUUUUUGUUUGGAUCGUGAUGGGAAGAACCGGAUCAUAACAAUUGAUGCUACAGAGUAUAUCUUCAAGCUUGCUCUUCUGAGGAAAAACUUUGACCAUGUUAUGAGUAUGAUCAAGAAUUCUCAGUUGUGCGGGCAGGCUGUGAUUGCAUACUUACAGCAAAAAGGUUUUCCUGAAGUAGCUCUUCACUUUGUUAAAGAUGAGAGAACCAGAUUCAACUUGGCUCUUGAGAGUGGUAACAUCCAAAUUGCUGUUGCGUCUGCAAAAGAGAUAGAUGAGAAAGACCAUUGGUAUAGGUUGGGCAUUGAGGCCCUACGACAGGGGAACACCGGUAUUGUAGAAUAUGCUUAUCAGAGGACAAAGAACUUCGAAAGGCUGUCAUUUCUGUAUCUUGUCACAGGAAAUAAGGAGAAGCUGUCAAAAAUGCUGAGAAUAGCUGAGAUGAAGAACGAUGUGAUGGGUCAGUUCCAUAAUGCUAUGUAUCUUGGUGAUAUCCAGGAGCGUGUGAAGAUCUUGGAGAAGACUGGUCACUUGCAUCUUGCAUUUAUCACAGCUUCAACUCAUGGCCUCAUUGAAACUGCUGAAAGGCUUGCGGCUGAAUUGGGGGAUGAUAUUCCUGCUAUCCCCAAAGAGAAAACCCGUUCUCUUCUUUUGCCACCUGUUCCUCUUUUGAAUGGUGGUGACUGGCCAUUGUUGAGGGUUAUGAGAGGUAUUUUUGAGGGUGGAUUGGAUAUUGCUAACAAGUCAGGAUAUGAUGAUGUCGAAGAAGAAGUUUCUGGUGCUGACUGGGGUGAUGAAGACUUGGACAUUGUUGAUGUUGAGCGAGUGAUCCAGAAUGGGGAUGCGGAUGCAGAAGUUGAUGAUGUUGAAGCAACUGAAGAAAAUGGAGGCUGGGAUCUUGAAGAUCUGGAGUUGCCUGCAGAAGUUGUAAGUCCGGUGGCUACAAGUAACAGCCGUGCAUCGGUGUUUGUUGCCCCUACGCAAGGUAUGUCUGUGAGCCAAAUCUGGACACAGAAGUCAUCUCUUGCUGGGGAGCAUGCUGCAGCUGGAAACUUUGACACAGCUCUGCGCCUUCUUAAUCGGCAGUUAGGAAUAAAUAAUUUUACUCCAUUGAAGCCAAUAUUUUUGGAAUUAUACACAGGCAGUCAUACAUAUCUUCCUGCUUUUACUGCGGCUCCAGUAAUUUCAGUUGCUGUUGAGAAGGGGUGGACCGAGUCCACCAGUCCUAAUGUUAGAAGCCCACCAUCUCUAGUAUUCAAGUUUUCACAACUGGAUGAAAAACUCAAGGCUGCAUACCGUGCAACAACAGAGGGGAAGUUCCCUGAGGCCUUGAGGCUAUUUCUCAAUAUAUUACACAUUAUUCCUAUUAUUGUUGUCGAUUCUAGGAGGGAGGUUGAUGAAGUCAAGGAGUUGAUUGAGAUUGCUAAAGAAUAUGUUUUGGGCCUGAAGAUUGAAGUCAAGAGGAAGGAAAUUAAGGAUGAUGUGAUUCGACAACAGGAGCUUGCUGCUUACUUCACAAACUGCAAGCUCCAAAAGGUUCACACCAGAUUGGUGCUUACUAGUGCCAUGACUAUUUGUUUCAAGGGAGGAAACUAUGCUACGGCAACCCAUUUUGCUAGGAUGCUUUUGGAGAGUAGCCCAACUGAUGCACAAGCAAAGAAGGCAAGGCAGGUUCUACAGGCUUGUGGUGACCGAAAAGAUGCGCACCAGCUGAAUUAUGAUUACAGGAAUCCUUUUAUGGUCUGUGGAGCUACCUUUGUUCCAAUCUACCGCGGACAGAAGGAUGUCUCUUGUCCUUAUUGUGGAGCUAGGUUUAUCCCAACCAUUCAAGGUAAACUUUGCACUGUUUGCGAGAUUGCAGUGGUGGGUGCAGAUGCAUCAGGGCUUCUCUGCUCUUCGACGCAGUUGCGGUAAAUGAAGGUAUUUACCAAGCACUCAUUAUAUGUGUUUCCUAUCAAGAUUGUCACGCCAUAUCUUUUUCAGAACCAAAUAUAUUUCACGCAAAAGAAUAAAAACAGGUAAUCUGGUUUUAGCGGUUUGUUCAGUUUUUUAAAUUUGUGCUCCCCCUUCCUUUGAGCUGUAGGAAUUUUGUAAGACAUGCAGUUAUUAUUUGAAAGCUGACGUUAUGAGUUCAAUUUGCUUGAGAAA